AAAAAAACAAACACUUGUUAAAACUCAACCGAAUGAUUUGCCUUCUCUAGGCUUUUGUUUACAGCAUAAACAUCUGAUUUCUUACCAUCUGAUUGCCAAACCAAGAAUAUGAGAUCUCCAUCGAUUGAGAUAAUCUCAAAGGUUGUCCAUGAGCUUAUCGAUCAACAUUGCGGUAGAGAUGGUCCAACGGAAGAGUUAUAUGUUCCAGAUCACUGGCCUGAUGUAGAAAAAUUCAAUUCCUUUGUGUCAACCAUUAGCCAGUUGAUUGUUCACAGUGUUGACUUCAAACAUGGCCAAACAUUCAAAUUUACAGGUGAUCUACCGGAGGAGGUAAAAAAGUCAGUACACGAAGCAAUUGAGAUGAGGAGAGCAGAAAUCAAAACUGGUCUUAUUGAUAAGAUAAUUUCAUCGCCCUCAUCUAUAAUAUCAUUACCCUCACCAUUAACAGUGAUGAAAGAUUUUGAUUGGCAGGUUAAAAUGGUUCUUGCAUCUAAUUUACUCUCUGAGAUCAAUGAAUCUUUGAUCAACUUAGACCUUUCACUUGUCAAAUCGGUUUCCAAAGGUUUUGAAUCACUUUCUGACCAAGAAGAAAUAUCAUCGAUAGAAAUGGACAAAUCUGAGAUAAGACAAUUGAUUGAAAAGCUAGAGGGCCUUAUGGAUAAAUUAGACCAUUAAAAGGAUACGAUCAAAACAAAAACUCCUCCAUUAUUACUUAGAAAUUCAAUUUUUAUAUCUACUAAAACAUGUUAUUGGUGAUUAUCUUCUCAAUAGCCUUCUUGAUAUUGAAUCACCGUUAAUUUAUUAAAAGUAUAAUCUAACUGAACUGA